AUGAAGAAUGGCUUUUUUUUUUUUUUGUCCCUUUCGUCUAGUGGUUCGGACAUCGUCUUUUCAUGUCGAAGACACGGGUUCGAUUCCCGUAGGGGAUAUCUACUCAUUCUCGGCCGCUUUCAGUUAGUGUUCAUUGAUCGGGUGGAUCUAUAUGCUUCGGGGAGUGAGACGAGGUGUAGCGCAGUCUGGUCAGCGCAUCUGUUUUGGGUACAGAGGGCCAUAGGUUCGAAUCCUGUCACCUUGAUGUCUUUUUUUUCGCUAUGCCGCUCCGCCCGCCACAGCAUAUAUAUAAAAAAGAGGGAAGAAAGAACAACCGUUUGA